AGUCUGUAGAGCGAUCGUGUGUUCGAGUGUUCGUACCUCGUAUUCGUUUAUUGGAUUUUGUGAAACGAAAAUAUUACGCGCACUCUGAUCGAUUUAUUUACAUAGUUCGAUUUUAUAAAAUUGAUGAUAUGUUGUGAGUUUCAUUAAAUAAUCACAAGUAAUAAAUUAACGUUCCACAAUGGCUAAGGAAAUGAUGAUAGUCUUCGUGUACGAUACGCUGUGCUGCGUGUCGGAGGAGGACGACCCGGCUGACGCGGUCCUGUACUUCCAUCCGGGAUGGGUGUCAGAUACACAACGACAUGCGCUGGCUGGACAGGUGGUGGGCGCGGCCCACUGUGUCAAGUCUCUGUUCUCACAGCCCACGGCCAUCACGCUGCAGAGCGGCAAGUUCAUCAUCAGGGAGUACGGCAGAUAUGUUCUGGCAAUAGGCAGUGACAGGAAUAUACCAGAUUGGGUGCUUAAAAACCGCUCGAACCUCCUCACGUCAAUGAUCAAAGUGUACCACGGCGAUCUCGAGUCAUUGGCUGACACAAUGGAAGACCAGAAACGCCUGGCCGAGAAGCUGUACCAGAUAUUCGAGACGUAUCUCCCAGUUCUGCAAUAUGGCUGCCAUAUUUUUCAACGAGUACCAAUGUUGAGUCUUCCGAAGAGUGCCACGUCCGUGUUUAUGGAAUCCAUGCAAAUAUUGGAACACUGCCGGCGAAAUAGAGGCGUUCUGGGCGGAGUUAUUCUAUACAAUAAUAAAAUAAUCGCAACACAACUACCACCCAGUCUGACCUCAUACUUAACAGUCGUAGAUCCCUAUCGAAUAAAGUCCCCAGCGGAGAGCUUAGAAACCGACACACCUCUGCCCUUAGGGUCACAAGUAUUGGUUGUAUAUGUGGGUAGAAAGACGUACAAUAGUUUGAAGAAACAAGCUAAUAAAUUGCAAGAGUUUGCGAAGAACGGGGAGGAACUCAUCAACGGAUUUAAAAAGGCCCAAGAAGCAGACCGAGACAGGGCUCGAGAAUUUCCACAGACAGGCAUGAAGAGAGACAAAUCACUAUUAUUCACAGCUGUACCUGAAGAAGAUCACACUAUGAUCUCACCGCCGAACAGAGAAGAAGUACCAGGAGAGAAACGGAAACCCAGCAUGCCAGACGUCGUUCCCUUUGCCAAUAAACCGAGAGCUCGACCGAAUAAACUGUCACUAAGCUUUAAAACACAGAAGUCGUUAGAUGAAGACGUGAAAGAAAACGAAAACGUAUUCACUGGACAGACCAGUGUUUGCUCGACGCCGAUGGUCGAAUACAAAAGAUUACACGGAAAUAUGCUAUCCAUUUGCCAAAAUCUCGAUAGCCAAGACAAACCAGACGUCGAACCAGAUGUCCUCAAGAACAUCGAGAACUGUAAACUCGACGAAAAGCGUGACACGCAAACAAUCUUGAACGCGGACUGUGUGGCCGAGCAUUUCAUUAAUAAACCGGAACCGUUGAGGAAACUGGCCAGCGUCACAGACCUGCAGGAGACGUUCAAAAAGAUAACCAGCAAAAACGGAUCGAAAAUAAAAUUAAAAACGUCCAAAGAUGAUGUGGACGCGUCGCCGACGGCGCAACGCAAGAAUCCGAACACGAUGACAAUAAACGACCCAUCCUUCCCAGUAUUCAGAAACGACGGUAUCGCGAUAUCGGAGUCGCUCUUCAAUCAGUAUCUCGAACAGUAUUACGCGGGCAUGAAGGACAAAUCGACGGACGAGAAUAUGUUUAACUUCAACCUUAAAUUGUGCGAGAUGGACAAAUUCCAAGACUUCGACUCGGAGUUGGCGAAAUCGCCACAGCGGACGCCCAAGAAAAUUGCCAAGGACUCGACCAAAACUUUGUCGGUCACGGACCAGUCGAGGCGGAAGUCUCUGUCGUUGCCUUUGAAGUCUCUGAACACGGACUCUCAAGCCGAGACUGACACGAUAAGCUUUAAGAAGAAGUUGACCGGCGUGCAGCUCACGCCCUUAAUGGAGAAACUUAGCCACUUAGCGUUCUCGGAUAAAUCCAGCGGCUACAGCAGUCGAGUGAUGACGCCUCUGGAGCUGAGGGACAUUCUGACGCCGGGCUUGGAGAAACCGAUUAAUUUUACAAAUAGACCGAAGGCUGGGCACCAAGAGUGCGACAGCGACAGCGACAGCGACGCGAGCGAAGGCGAAGCGAGCAGCGUGAGCGGGUUCGCGGCGCGCGCGGUGCGCUGCGCGCUGUUCGUGAGCGGCCUGCACAACGUGGCGCUGCUGCAGCUGCUCGACCUGGACGCCGCCAACGAUCCCCACAUCGUGCACUCCCUGUGGGAAACAUCCCUGAACGCGCUGGGCCCCAUAGAGCAGCAGUGCGUGGAGCCCCCGGUGGCGGGGCCCGAGUGCAGCGACUACAGCUACCUGCUGCUGGACCCCGACUGGGGCACCGUUAAGCGCGGGGGCCCCUGGGCCGCCGUGGACAUCGCCACUAUGGGUCUCAUACACAACGAGCUGGAGGAGGAUCCCGACUUGGCCGAGUUUAUGCUCAGGAGCGAGGACAGCGUAGUGCUGGGCGCGUCGUGCGGGCGCGCGCAGAUGUUCUACCAAGAGAGCGGCCCCCGCGCCGCCGGCCCGCCGCCCCCCUCCGACAUCCUCGCCACCGCGCCGCUGCGCGCGCGCCGCCGCUUGCACCGCGACCACUGCGCGCUGCUCAUAUAAUGUGCACCUUGUGCUCUUGGGAUACGGUUCACAUCGCAUCGCUACGGAUAGUGUGCGGUGAAGUGGACUUUAUUGUGUUGGUAUAACAUUCAAAUUGAAUUGACACCUCUAAAGAAUAUGGAUACGGGUGAUGGAAUAUAACUCAUUUUAUCAUGAUAUCUUUAGGCAGAAGAAAGAUAUAGAAUGCACUUUGCGGGAGUACGACUCAAUUCUGGCUAACGUCUUGGCGUUAUAAUAGAAUUUGAGAGUUGUUGCAAAGUGAACCUUAUUGUGGAAUACCAUCUAAUUUUGAGUGACUUCUAACUAUUCACUAAUUCUAUUGAGAAACUGUAUUUAAAACAAAGGACACCUCGUAAAAACAUCUACUGUAAACUGGCCUGUACUGUGUCUAGUGAGAUCUGUUACAUUAACAGACAUUGAGAUUUGUGGUGAUUUAACUUGGACCGUAAUGAGUGCUGAUAGAUCUCAAAUUGAAAUGACAUCUUGAAGAAACAUCUCUACCAUGUGUGCUAUUAUUAAGGGGACUAAAAUAUAUGGUAAUAGAUCAAACUCCAGAAAUACUUUGGCAGUGUUAUAAGCUCUAAUAUUAUUGAAUCAUUGAAAUAUGUAGAAACUCAAGUUGAAGCUAAAUUACACCUUAUCGCCAUAGUUCUAGAGCUGACAUUUGCUCCACAUCCAGUUAUAAUAACGACCUGGACUCGGGAUGACAACUAUUUUAUUAAAACUUGAAAUUUAAUACGACGUCAAUUCGAACUAUAAUUUAAUAGACGAUUCUUCUUAUAUAAACCACAUAGUUUAGAAAUUAAAAAAAGCAUGAUUAUAGGCAUUGCAAAGUCAACCUUAUCGUUAUAUAACAGGACUCAAACUUAAUAUUCUGACCAUAUAAUUAGUUGAGAUCCUCAUGCCAAAGGUUUUUGCCAUUUAUUACUCUUCCUAGCAAAACAUUCCUGUUAUGGAUCUCAUGUUUUACAACUCUGGUUUAUCAAUGACCCUAUAACUGAACAUUUUAAAUAAUUUAAUAUUUUUGAUAGGUAUUAAAACAUACAACUCUGCUAUCUUGGAGUGAAAAAGGUUUGAAUUUGAAUUCAAUAAUUUAAGGCAAGGUUGCUUAUAGAACUUGUUUAGUACUAAAACCGGGUCCUUUACCUUGGGUACCCGAAAUAAAUUUAUAGUGUUGUCAGUUGACAACACACUCAAAAAAAUAAGUAUAAAUUAUUUAGUAUUUGUAAUACAGGUGUUUUUAUUUAGAGUAUUUAAUUUUGAGCUCUCGUGUUAAUUGAAGUAUGCAAAUACCAAUGGUUUUGUGUUGUACGCUUUUCUCCAUUUUAUCAUUCCAGUGUUAUUUAGUCAGACAAGAGAUUAUACAUGGCAGCAUCAUUAUUUUAUCUAUCUGUUAUAAUAUUUUAAUGUUUUUAUUUUAUCUGUUCAGACUUUUAGCCUCUGGACAAUAAAUAUAGACUUUCAACUGCAUUGAAAAUGUAUUAAUUCCAUAAUUUAUACUUAGUCUUAGUUGUAGAUACUGGAUUAGUAUUAAAGUAGGAUUGUUAUUUUUGUUCGUAGACAUAACUUUAGAUAGUAGAGCGACUGUUGUCCUCUUAAAUCGGACGUUUAGAAUUUUUCUAUAUUCGCUAUAAUAUUUAACCUCCCUUUAUCUAUCCACAAUAUAACGCCAUAUUCAAAAUAGUGAACUAAGUAGACCGUAAGUUUACAUGAUCCGUACAUAUCUAUGAUGCCAUCUCGAAAAGUUAAUUAAAUUUAUUUACAAUAUUUCGCAACAAUUUAGAAUUUUAUUGCAAAUCUCGUCUGAUCUGUUUGACGUGAAGUUAUUGCAUUCAACUUUAAGGCAAUCUUUAUGUCGCAUAGAUUAGAUAUUACGUAUGGCGUCCGAAACAAUUUUAAUUAUCUUAAUUCCAGCCAUAGAAAUGAAGCUAUUUCUUAUCUACGCUAUGCUAGCUUGUACUGUCCGGCCAUUUAUCUACAGCUAGUCAUGCUCAAUCCAGCCGUCUGGUAGCUUCAUGUUUCUUAUUUGUGGGUCUUAGGCCUUCACCAACUUUGAUUAAGGUAGAUGCCAAACUAAAUGCUACAAGUUUAGGUCUAUCUGUAUCUGCCUUUAUCUUAAAUAUCGAAACCGUCUAUUUUGUGUCAGUAUUUAAGAUUAUUUUUGCAUUCCAUAUUUGUUUCUUUAGAUAGGUAACUAACUAUUUAUUCCAUAUUUCUAAAAUGGGAUUCUUGCAAUAUGUGUUAUUAUAAUAUAUUUUAUGUUGGUCUUGUCUUGUUUUUUUUUUAUGGUAGCUAUUAUUUUUUAAGCUUAAUUUUGAAAUAAGAGUAUAAUAAUUUAUAUUAUCAGAUUAUUAAUUUCUAACAUUGUGAGUUUUUAUUAUAAAUACUAUCAAUUAUCGAUGUCAAAUAAAAUGUCGUUACUUUAUUCCAUUGUUACCUAUAUUUUGUUCUCGUUUAUUUCAGUAUUAGAUGUUGCAUUUUAUAUACGUUUGUUUUUACCUAAUAUCUGCUAAGCAUUGUGCAAAUAUAGAUCUUACUAACUUUUUAUUGUAAUCAUUACCAUUGUAUUCUAUGCCUUGUCCAAUUUUCUAUAGCUACAAGUUUCUCAUUAACAAAAAAAAAA